GCGCGCAUGUAUUUACAUUUGUGCGUUUGCGCAUGCCCAACUGUGAGCAGCAAUUAUAAAAACUCGCGCUGGUAGAAGAGGCCAAGCGAACGCUAAGAGGGAAGCCAACAGAGCUGAAACUUCCGCCCAGUUCGCCCCCCCAGCAGAUGAACCGCCGGGAAGAUGAACCACCACAUAGGUUGCUCACCACACGGGUUUUUCACCACACGGGUUGCGCCUCACCAAUGCUGUUCGCAUCACACAUUAGGUGCGUCCCCCCCCAUGAGAAGCAAACCGACCUCAGGUUAAACCCAAUCUAAGCGAGCCAAACGCAACCCCCCCUUUUUUUGUACGCCCAAUAUGUGAGCCCCUUCAGAGGCAUAACUCGGAAGCAACAGUUUGAGCGCUCAAGAGGGUUAUAGUAACAAGUUGGGAAGAGGCACAGAGAAAGCCUUAACAGACAAUCGCAAAUUUUGCAGUGUUUGGCGCAAGUGAUCCACCCAAGUGGGGAGAGAAACGACCGCCAUUUUGUGGAAGCCCUAUCAAACAUGAGCACCCACAAAAAAAGGAGAGAGAGCGCCAGAUGUUUCCCAGCCAGAAGAAAAGACCAUCGUGCAAAAAUGUAAAUCAAAGAAAAAGGGAAAAUGAAAACCUUUGCCCUACUACACAAAUUGCAGGUGCACAAAUAUGUGCCGCGGACCGCCUUCACCUCUUAAUUUACGGAACGGAUAAGGGGGGCAUCUACGCCCUGGGGAGUAAGAAGCUGGCCAGGAGAAAAUGCCCAAGCACGGAGAUGGGGAAAAAGGAAAGGGUGCGCAAGUUGGUCAGCCGUUUUCAUAAAGGGGCCAUAACGAGCAUAAAGUGCGUAGUGGAGGAGGAUCUCAGGUGCAGGAGGGGAAGGAGCUGCUCGAGAGGAAGUAACGGCGCACGUUGCGAGGGAGAUACCCUGUACGUCUUCGUGGGGGACCAGCAGGGUGUGCUCUCCUGCAUCGUUUUGAAGAAAAAAGGGUCGAGGGUAAGAAGCGAGGCGGAUAUUCUCCUCAUCGAUAAGACAAACGGGCCAAUCAACCACGUAGAAAUUGAGCGAGACAUCAUUUUGGUCACCUGCGAAAGGGUUAACAUCAUUAUGAAUGCAGAAGAUGUGAUUGGCAAGAAGAAGGUUAACUUCAGCACCAUUGGGAAGAAAGAAAACAGCUCUUAUUAUCGGUCUGUAUUUUGCAAGGCCAAGGGGGGGAGGGGGUGCCCGUCCAUUUUGAGUUUGAGGAAAAAUGGGCGCGUGUGGCUGAGCCACGGGGAGAGGGUGAUAAGCACGCUGGUAUUUUACUACCCCUCUGUUUAUUUUUUCUACUUGUUCUUUAAGGCGGGGGGUAGCGGCGGGGGCAGCGGAAUGGAUAGCGGCGAGGUUAGCGGCAUGGAUAGCAGAUGUGCGAGUGACGGGGUUCGCCCAAACGGUGGCGGACCCCCCCGCCCAUUCCACGUGUACCAAAAGGAGCUCAUUAAGAAUGCCCACUUUACAAUUCUGCUAAAGAAAGUUUUAACAAAAUUUACAAACUUCUCCCUGGCGCUAAGACCGAAUGCGAACGUGUGUUACAAGAUAGAUAGGGACCACUUUCUCCUGUUUGAGUUGGCCAAUCCGUUUAGGUCCUUCCCGAGUGGAUCUCCAGAUGCCGGCGCGGGGGAGCUUCCAAGGAGCGACGAGCAGGGGAGUCUCGCCCAGUUGCGAAAGGAUAUCGGCUUGAUAAGAAGUUUCAUCGAAAGGGAGGUGGAAAAUGGAACGAAGUCCGGAAGGGAAGGCGUAAAGGAGGACACUAAGGAGGACGCAAAGGAGGACGCAAAGGAGGACGCAAAGGCGGACGCAAAGGCGGACGCAUCGAAUAGGGAGGAAGCAAAAUGCCUGUCGUUCCUAAGGGCCAAUUUGGACGAGGCGGAAAAUAUUCUGCGCAGAAUUAAGAGCAAAAAAAUAUUGGUGAUAAAUAUUAAGAGCAUCGAAAUAGAGGAGAUGGUGGACCUCCAUGUGGGUUCCCUACCCUGGGGGUGCAACGACAGGGGAGAGCAACCACAAUGGGGGGGAGCCCCUUGCACAGGUAGGAAGAGUGCCCAUAAGUUGGGCAAACAGGAAGGGGAAGAAACACAGGGAAAGGUUCCCUGUGGAAAAGCAAAUAUAGGGUUGCCCCCCCAGGAGGAGGACACCAGAAAAUGUGUUUCCCCGGAAGAAAGAGACCACAGGGGGGAGACCCCGCACCCAAAGGAUGAACCCCGCAAAGACAGUGAAACAGAAAAUGAAACAAACAGAAGAAGAGAUCCCGAUUGGAAAUAUUCUUCCCCCAAUCAGGUAAUUGACUCGGUGAAGUGGAAAAAGAAAAUCUUCCUGUUGUACUUUAACCCGAACAUGAGCGACGAUUUUUACGUUGCUCAGAACAUAAGUGACGUUUUUUUCUCGCCAUACGAUGUGAUACCAAGGGGGGGAGGAGAAGGAGUCCACAGGAUAGAAGAAGACGCAGGGGAGGGGAAAGCACAAGAGGGGAUACAUUUCUACCUUUGCGAAGUGCUAACUGAAGAUAACUUCGAAUUGGUAAUGUACCUCCCACGCGAAAUAGAAAAAGUGACCCACUUGGAGAGGCACUCAUUCCACAUGCUGCUCUUCCAUGUGAAUCACUUUUUGGAUUACCUAAACGCAAAAAGGGAUUCCCUAGAUGCAAAUUUUAUUUUCCACGUGGAGAAGGACCUCGUACCAGUGGAGGAAGCUCCCUGUCUGGAUGACCAAAUGGGUCAGGUGCUUUUAAAAAACAUAGAAGCUGCAAAAAAGAAUAUAAAGAAUUUACUUUUCGCGACUCAGAAGAUGAAAGCAACUGGGGGUGGUUUGCUCACAGAUAAUAAUUACCUACAGGGGGUGGACUUCUUCCACGGCGUGUAUGCUCCUGUGAACCCCCCCUAUUUGCAUGUCAAUGUGAAGAAGGCAAAAAAGCUGUAUAGCCGUAUGAGGAGCGCCGUGGUGAAGUACAUGCCCCUGUUUUGCCAGGUCGUUACGUGCGAGGUGUUUCCAGACGCCCCUCGGAAGGGGCCCCUCCCCUGCGCAAACGAGUUCGACUUCGACGCGUGUUCAAACCAUUAUAACCUCCCCUCGUGCGUAGCCCUCAUUCGGAGCACCCCCCACCUGCUGUUUCAAUUUCUGCACUACUUCCACAUCUUUGUCCACCUCGAACUUGUCAUUACGAGUUUUAUCCACAGAGAGAAUUACAGCUUUAGGAAUUUUCCGACGUACGUGCUGGAGAGGAGGCUACUAGGCGGGGGAAUUUCCCCUACCCCACCUGCACAUGUUCAUGCGGAAGUGGGAGUCGAACAGAGAGGAACACUCAACCGGUUGAGAAGUUACGCAGCGGAACAGUUAAAAGGAGUAGAUGGUAGUUUGAAUCUGCUCCCUCACCAGUUUGCGAACAUAUCGGGGGGUAGAAGCGUUGGUAGGCAAAAUAGAGGAAACCCAAGUGGAAGAAUAGGCUGCGAUCCCUUUGUGGACUCCCAGGGGGGCUGCUCAAAGAAGCGACACCAUCUGUUUAGGGUAAAAGGAAAAACAUACCAAGGAGGGGUCCCAUUUGAUGGGGGAAACACCUUUGACGUGUUUGACCAUCUCCUUUUUGUGGUGAAGGGGUGCUCCAAAAAGGGGGGUUCCCCCAGGGAGAGACUUCCAGAUGGAGUCCCUCUUCCAGCGUACGCAGCCCACCUGUCGAGGAAGGAACUCUUCUUCGAAUGUAACAGGAGGAUAACUCGCGAGGGGGUCCUCCGAAAUGUGCCCCCCCUGCUGCACACCUUGUACGUGUACCGAAGGUGGAAAAGGGGCAUCAUACCUAAAGUUGGUGAGCGGUUUGAGUGGCCGAGGCGGCCCGGCAAGAAAGAAACACGCAAGGAAGGCAGAAGAAGAGCGCCCCCUCAAAUGAGUCGCCUUACACGAUUGUGUCAAGUGGGGAGAGCACUUCUUUCCCCCCAUGCAGAGCACAAAUACGUCGAGCAAAGGCAGCUACUGGAGAAUGGGAAAAGUUCCUGCACCCAAUUUGAAGAGCAAAAAGGAGGGCCCCCCCCAAUUGGAGGUGAUCCGCCCGAUGAGGGGACCCCAAGGCAGCAGAGCGAAUUGCUUAAAAUGGUUAACCUGAGGAAGCUUUUAAAAACGUACAUGGAAAAUGCCAGUUGCAGGAAAGGCAUCCUAAAGGACCAAAUGACAAUACAAAACUUUUUGAAGUGCACAGAGAGGUUAUAUUUUUACCGCAAAGUCACCGAAGGGGUGUACGUAGUAAACCUUAAUGAGUAUCGCCAGAUUUAUGAGUGCCUCUUUCUAUACGAAUUAUUCGUCAAGCUGUUUAGCACGGAAAUUGUUUUGUUCCUCCUGCACUCUGAUUGUAAGGUUAAGCUGGGAGUGAAGGGUAAGGAAGACCGUGGGGGGGGUCUCCAAAAGGGGGAGAGCCACCAUAAGGGGGAGAUCCACCAGAAGGGAGAGAUCCACCAGAAGGGAGAGAUCCACCAGAAGGGAGAGAUCCACCAGAAGGGAGAGAUCCACCAGAAGGGAGAGAUCCACCAGAAGGGAGAGAUCCACCAGAAGGGAGAGAUCCACCAGAAGGGAGAGAUCCACCAGAAGGAAGAGAUACACCAGAAGGAAGAGAUACACCAGAAGGGAGAGAUACACCAGAAGGGAGAGAUCCACCAGAAGGAAGAGAUACACCAGAAGGGAGAGAUACACCAGAAGGGAGAGAUACACCAGAAGGGAGAGAACCACCAACAGGGCGUGGUAAACAUCGUGGGCAAUAGACAAAUGAAGUUUUUCCAAAAAUGGAAUGAGCACAUCGUACGGAAUGACAUCCUGCUGAUGGAUAUUCUCUUCGGGUUUUACUACAACUCGGAGGGGAGUUCGAACGCGGAUUUGAAGUCCUUCGUGAGGAAGUUUUCUAACUUUGGCUAUUUAGCUGAGUAUGUUAGUUACGUGAAGGGGGGGGAAGCGAAGGGGGAAAGCGGCCACGUUCCGAAUGGGACUUCCUUCCUGUUCAGCUUCGAUGAAGCGGCUCGGAAGAGCAGCGACGUCGAGGAGCACGCCAAAUGUUGUAUGGGCAACUCACACAGGGGGGGCCUCUCCCCGGCCUGCAUCGUUCGAAAGCGGUUAGACGGAUCGCAUACCCUACGAGGCGGAUCAACCCCGCAUGGCAAACCUUCCUCUGAACAAAAUUCUUACCAUUGGGCUGACCCCGUUGAGGGAAAAAAAGGAGGGAGAAACCAUCUGAAGAGAGCGAAAAGGGAGGCCUACCGCCUCCACGUGGAGACCUUCCUGAGGAUGUAUACCCGUCUGGAGAAGAAGCACCGCUGCAAAAAACGCCAGCGGGGUGUGCGCGUAUUCCUUUUUUUUAAAAAUAUUGAUGUGUACAAUUUUGUGAGAGUCGUUUAUCAGUUGUGCAGGGAGAGAUACCACGAUGAGCUCCCUUCAUCUGCAUGGAGGGAGGGACAUCCAAAUGGGGAUCCACUCAGAAAGAAGAAAAAACCCAUUAGGAACUCCCACAAGGUGUCUGCCCACAUUGGCGGCAUUCUACGCAGGUAUGAAGAAUCAAGUGGGUUAAAAAGGGUGAGCAGUGCCUCUCACAAAUUUGUGAAAGAUUUGAUGGUGGCGGAAGGGACAGAUGAGCCCCACGUGGAGAUCCUUAACCAGCGGAGCGUCGAACUGUGUUUGCAGUAUGUACGCCAUCUUAUAAAAGGGCAAACGGUUUGCAGUCAUUCUCCGGGAAGGAAGAAGAAGAUGUCCCUUUUAGUGUGCAAACUAGCGCAUCUACUCCGCAUGCUGAAUUGGCGAAAUGCGUUAUCUGCCCUUUUAGAUUUAUACAAGCGUCUCUCUUGCGAAGUUUUCUUUUUCACUCUCCUUUUGGAAAGGCAUUCAACAGAAUUGGGAGGGAGGGCUCUCCUUCUGCUCCACAGGAACUAUUCCUCGGUGCUUAGGAAGAGUCGAAGCUACGAAGACGUAGUUAUGCAUAUGUUGCUGAACGUAGGAAAAAACAGUGGGCACCAUUUCAGCAUAAUGAUUAUCACAAUUAUGAAGUACUUUUUUGAAAAUAUUUUUUUUUUAAAAAAUGUGUGUGUAAAUUUGGAGGACGUUAUAACAAGAAGGUAUUCUUCCCUAUUUUUGUGUUUCUUCAAAAAUGGAAUGUUCAAAAGGGAAUGCAUUUUCUCUGCACAUUUGUUCAAGUCGUUUCACACAAGCGACAGUUUUUUUUUUUCUGACCAUUCCUUUGUUAAGUACGUUUUUAAACGUUGCUAUGAGUGUAUGAAUUUGCAGAGCGGCAAUUUUUUAAUUGCAUUAAAUAAUUUGCUGCAUCACCAUUUUUUGAAAUUGUUUCAUUUUUUUCAAGUAAACUGUUCGUCUUUUUUGCAUGUGCAUUUUUCUUUUUUUCUGUUAAUAUCUUAUUUUUAUGUUGGCUAUUAUGCGCCUGUUUACCCCCUUUUGCGUUUCUUUUGGGAUACGUUUUGUUCCCUCUUGCCCCAGUUGAAAAUUUUAAAUUGCAAGAAAUGGGAGCCACAAAGUAGUACAGUGUCAAGGGAGGGAGGAGAGGCCACUCCGACGGGCCAUCAAAACGAUAGGAGAAUUUUCACUCAAGUGAGGUGCCAGGAUAUCAACCCCUCGGAGGAAGACCUACUGCACAGCGUUGACUACCUCGCCAAUUUCUUUUUCGAGAUGUUAAUCAAAUUCCUGUGCGAAGUGAACCACAAGGUGUGCAGCAAGGAUGUCCAUCUGCUCAUUCGUAACACCGGCAAGAAUGAAGAAGUGUAUUUAAAGGCCUCCGAAUUUGUGAACAACUUUUAUGGGUCAUGCGAACUUGUGUGCAGCAGGUGUGGGGGAAGCGGACCAGGCGAAACCUUCCACAAGGAGGGAGCAGGUACAUGCAGAAGAAAAAAUAUCGGCGUACAGAUUUAUGACCGGCGCGGAAAGAUUCACACCCUCGUGGAAAUGCUCAACUCCUUUUUUGGGGUGCUCUGCUGUUUGCAGUCGGUCAAAAUUAGCCUCAAAAAGGGGCGCGCCGUUUUUGUGCGUACCAAUAGGCACUACAGGAAGUACCUGCUGGGUAUAAUUUGCGGGCUGUUUGGCGGCUCCCCGGAGGGGGGCGCUAAAGGAAGCGGCGAGGGAAGCGGCAAGGGAAGUGGCAAGGGAAGCAGCUGCGGCGGAGGACUCCGCUGCGACACACCGGGCGGACGGAGCACAAGUGGCACCCCCCGCUGGAGUCGCGGCUCCCUAAGCGCCCUCACCUGCGCGCUGUGCAUCGCCCACUUCGUCAGUCACUUCAAACACAUCAAAGGAGAGGUGAUCAAGAAAUUCAUCUUCAUGCUGGACUACUUCUUGGCGAACCAGGACUCCCCAUACCUUGAGCAGCAACACUGGGGAUACACACCCCAGAAAAAUAUACACCAAAUUUACAAAACGAUCGUAACAAACUUGCCCACAAGGGUGUUGCCGGUUAAGUGA